CGUCUGAUUUCCCAAAAGCUACGUUCUGGUGGAUCCAGGCUGUCAGAAAACUCAUGAGUCUUGUCUGAAGAAGAGCAUCAACAAGAGUUUUAGAGAGAGCUCUUCCUGAAAAACCUGGGACCAGUCUCUCUUAUCAACACCAUGGAGACUCGUAACCCUAGUAACUGGUCGAAUCUCCCCCUCGAUAUCAUCAUAUCUCUGUUUGAACGUUUGAGCUUUGUGGAUUUCCAUCGAGCUAAGAUGGUUUGUUCCUACUGGUAUUCUGUUUCGAAACAAACAGUUCCCCGGAAAAGCGGAUCUCCAUGGCUAAUGCUUUUUCCUGAAGACGGUACUGAUUGCGUGCUGUACAACCCAUACGAAAAAGUUAUGGUUUACAGGAGAGCAGCUGGGAGAAAAUGUACUUCAGGGAGUCGAUUCCUGGCAAGCUGCGGUAAAUGGUUCCUGAUGCUAGAUUCUCGAUCCAGAUUAUAUAUUAUAGAUGUGUUUAGUACUGGGAAUAGGAUUGAUCUUCCUCCAUUAGAGUCGCUCCUAUCAAACGACUCUGCUCUGAGCGUAUGGAAGAUAGAGAUAGGGAGUUUGAAUGGGAAUUAACUAGUGGCUCUGUUUACUCAUUAUACGCUGAUGAGAUUAGGGGACGUCUGUGGGUAGACGAGAAGACGCAAGAGUUGGCUUUAGUGUGGUUCUUUGACGCCCCUGUUUGUUUUUUAGGGUUUUACAAGAAAGGGAAUGCUCAUUACGAUCUCAUUCGGAUUACAUAUGGUAUCCCCAGGAUGUUAACUGGCCUAGUACGUCUGGUUCUUCGGGGUUACCGUCUAUACAUUUUAACGACGCGUAGUUUCAUUCGAGUCAUAGAUUUUUCUAGGCAGCAAGGUUUCGAAGAACUCACGAGGAGUGACACUUACCCAUCCCCAACGUUUGCUCCUCUUGGAUAUGAUUGUUAUUUUAGCAUCGCUGUUACUACAGCAGGAGAGGUUUUGUUGGUCACAACGAGCACAACCUCUGAAAGUAGCGAACGGGCCUUCCGCAUCUACAAGAUGGAUCCUAAUGCUGACCAGACGACCACAUGCCUGAUCUUCUUGACGUAGAUUCUCUUGGUGAUGAGGCCCUGCUUCUCGACUUGGGUAUCACUGUGCCUGCUAACAAUACCCUUGGUAUCAAACAAAACUCCAUCUAUUUCACUCAUUAUAACCUUAUCCGGUCCAAGAUCAACUGGAAGAAAGUCGCCCAUGUCCUUCCCCCUAAUGAGGUGGACAUCUGUGUCUUCAAUCUUUCAACCAAGACCCUCGAGCCCUUCCCUGCUCCCUCCAGCAUGAGUCUCAAGGAUGCUCGAUGGAUUUUCUCUAUCUGGAAGAACGUUUAAAAAGAGGAAUGCGUUCUCCUUCUCAUCAUAAAGUAAAUGGCGCAAAUACCUGUUGUUUUCGGAGUAUGGAUGACGAGAAAUGGGUCUUGACAUUUUGAUAUGGAUGGACGCAAAGGUGGGAGAAUGUUUUUUUUGUGACACGGUUGUACAUACGCUGAGCUUCUUGAAAUGGCUGUAGAAGAUUAUCUGAUUGACAAAGAAACAGAGAUGGUUCAGUUAUCGUAUCCCUUAACAGAGAUGAUGCUUCAGCAAUUGCCCCAAGAUAACCCUCCUGUCUAUGUCACAAAUGAUAGAUCAGUUUAGAACUUGAUAGAUUUUAGUAGUAGGAAUGUUGUUCGUCUUUGCGUCUCUACGCGAUGCAUGGAUGGACAGCCGGUUAAAGAAUGUGUUAAUGAUAUAAACAACUCUCGUUCUUUAGACGAUGGGGAGCCAACGGAUGAAUUUGGUGACAAUGUAGAUCCAGGUGCGGAUGAAUGUGUAGAAGAAUGUCAAGAAGCACUCCAUGAUACUACAUAUGAGAAGCCGAAAGAUGUUGAUGACAUGGAUUUCGAUUACAGUGAGGACGGAAAAUUUGAAGAUGAAGAUGACGAUGAAGAUGGAGAUCACUUGGAUGUAGAUGCUGAAGAAGGGAAACCGUUUGUUGGUGGUAUUCAUGGACAGUUAAAUAAUCCUUGGAUAGACCAACUGAAAGUAGGUCAAUGCUUUCCAUGCAAACAUGAUGUCAUAAUAGAGGUGCGUUUGACCGCUAUUAUGUUAAAAUUCUCUUUCAAAAUUAAGAAGUCCACAAAGUCUCGGUUGGUGGCAAUAUGCUCUGUGCCAGGAUGCACGUGGAGGGUCGUGGCCACUAUGAAGAAUGAUCCAACCACUUUUUGGGUCACCAAAUAUCUGAACGUGCAUACAUGUUCUAUUGUGAACCGCGUAGCUCACCGUAGGCGUUGCACCUCCAAAUAUAUUGGGAUGCUUUUUGUAGACCGGGUAGGAAUAGUAGAUAGUGUUGUCCCACAACAUAUCAAAUAUUCAAUGAGGACAAUGUUCGGCAUGACAUUGGAUUACACAAAUUCGUACAGGGCUUUACAAUAUGCGUCGGAAUAUGUGAGAGGAAACGCCGAAUCUGGAUAUGCGAAGUUGCCUUAUUGUCUUAGAAAAAUAGAGCAGUCAAACCCGGGAAGUGUUGUUGACCUUGUUGUUGAUGACGAGCAUAGGUUUAAGUACCUUUUCCUAUCUUUUGAUGUUUCAAUCCAUGGUUUCAAUUACGUGAGGCGAGUUAUUGUGGUUGAUGGGACCCAUCUCACCGGAAAGUAUGAAGGUGUAUUGCUAGUCGCUUGCGCACAUGAUGGUAACUUUCAGAUAUUUCCGUUGGCUUUUGGAAUUGUCGACUCGGAGUGUGAUGGUUCAUGGGAUUGGUUUUUCACCAAAUUAAGUGAGUGUAUCUUGGAUGAAUAUCCACUGGUAGUAGUUUCAGACAGGUGCAGUUCAAUAGCUAAAGCAUGUCGCAAUGUUAUGCCAUGAGCAACAAGAGGGAUAUGUUACUACCAUCUCCAACAAAACAUAAUUUCUAAUUUCCAUGGGAAGCAACUGAUGUACUUGGCCAAAGGGGCAGCAUAUGCGCAUACGCAUGAUGAUUACAACCGCUACAUGGCUUUCCUUACUAACGUAAAUCCGGCCCUUGCAGCGUACUUGAAUGAGGCAUAUCCAGCUUUAUGGUCUCGGGUUUACUGUCCAGGAGAUAGAUACAACAUCAAGACUAGCAACAUUGCGGAAUCUAUCAACUCCAUGCUAAAGAAAGCCAAAGGUUAUCCCAUCACAUAUCUCAUUGAGUUUAUUACGAAAAAGUUAGGUAGGUGGUAUUGGAAAAGACGAG